CUUCCCGCCAUCAAGCAGCUGAUCUCCAAGGACUUGUCCGAACCAUACAGCAUUUACGUGUACAGGUACUUUCUGUACCAAUGGAGUGACUUGUGUUUUAUGACUCUCGAUGAACAGGACAACCUCAUCGGAGUCAUUGUAUGCAAGCUCGAACCACAUAGAGGUGGUCCCAUGCGAGGCUACAUCGCCAUGCUCGCCACCCAGCAAGAACAUCGCGGCCAAGGCAUCGCCACCAAACUCGUCCGAAUGGCAGUGGACGCUAUGAUCGCAAAAGACGCCGAUGAAAUCGCCCUCGAAACCGAAGUCGACAACGUUCCCUCUUUACGGAUAUAUGAGAGACUAGGCUUCAUCAGGACGAAACGCCUACAUCGCUACUAUCUCAAUGGCAACACUGCCUACCGUUUGAUUCUGUACCUG